ACUUCCGCAGGCGCGUGCGCAGUGGCAGGUCGGGCGCGUGCGCAGCGCCGGCUCCUUCCCGGCUCCGGCUCUUGCUGCUCACGCUCCUCCUCCCGCUCCCCUCCCCUCAGCCCGCCGCGGCCCGGUACCAACGUGUGGUCCCGCCGAGGGAGCCGUAGUGCCUCGUGCUCCCGGGACUGCCGUGGUGUGCGCUUGCGGCGCUAGGUAUGGCGAUGGAUCAAGUGAACGCGCUGUGCGAGCAGCUGGUGAAAGCGGUGACGGUCAUGAUGGACCCCAGCUCCACCCAGCGCUACCGGCUGGAAGCCCUCAAGUUUUGUGAAGAGUUUAAAGAAAAGUGCCCUAUCUGUGUGCCCUGUGGCUUGAGGUUGGCUGAGAAAACACAGAUUGCCAUCGUCAGACAUUUUGGCCUUCAGAUCCUGGAACACGUUGUCAAGUUUCGGUGGAACAGCAUGUCUCGAUUGGAGAAGGUCUAUCUGAAGAACAGUGUCAUGGAGCUGAUUGCAAAUGGAACGUUGAACAUUUUGGAGGAGGAAAACCAUAUUAAAGAUGCUUUGUCUCGAAUUGUAGUAGAAAUGAUCAAACGAGAAUGGCCACAGCAUUGGCCUGACAUGCUGGUAGAAUUGGACGCUCUUUCCAAACAAGGGGAGACACAGACAGAAUUAGUGAUGUUCAUCCUUUUGCGACUGGCAGAAGAUGUAGUGACCUUUCAGACACUUCCCCCUCAAAGAAGAAGGGACAUCCAGCAAACAUUAACCCAGAACAUGGAAAGAAUCUUCAGUUUUCUGCUUAACACACUUCAAGAAAAUGUAAACAAAUACCAGCAAGUGAAGACAGAUACUUCUCAGGAGUCAAAGGCUCAAGCAAACUGUCGAGUAGGAGUUGCAGCAUUGAAUACUCUAGCAGGCUACAUCGACUGGGUGUCUAUGAGUCACAUUACUGCUGAAAAUUGUAAACUUCUGGAGAUACUGUGCCUGCUUCUGAAUGAACAGGAACUUCAAUUGGGAGCAGCUGAGUGUCUUCUCAUUGCAGUCAGCAGAAAAGGCAAGUUGGAAGACCGGAAGCCCCUGAUGGUCUUAUUUGGAGAUGUUGCCAUGCAUUAUAUACUCUCUGCUGCACAGACUGCUGAUGGAGGUGGCUUGGUAGAAAAACACUAUGUCUUCCUGAAGAGACUCUGUCAGGUGUUGUGUGCGCUGGGCAAUCAGCUGUGUGCAUUGCUGGGCAUAGAUUCUGAUGUAGAAACACCAGCAAACUUCGGAAAAUACCUGGAAUCUUUUCUUGCUUUCACAACCCACCCAAGUCAGUUUCUACGCUCUUCAACUCAGAUUACUUGGGGAGCCCUCUUCAGGCAUGAGAUCCUAUCCCGUGAUCCUUUGCUGUUAGCAAUGUUACCGAAAUAUCUUCGUGCUUCUAUGACUAAUUUGGUCAAGAUGGGUUUUCCUUCAAAAACAGAUAACCCUAGCUGCGAAUAUUCUCGAUUUGAUUUUGAUAGUGAUGAGGACUUCAAUGCUUUCUUCAACUCCUCCCGGGCCCAACAAGGAGAGGUGAUGAGGCUGGCAUGUCGUUUGGAUCCCAAGACUAGCUUCCAGAUGGCUGGGGAAUGGUUAAAGUAUCAGCUUUCAACUUCUGUUGAUACUGGAUCUGUAAAUUCCUGUUCUGCAACUGGAACUGGAGAAGGAAAUCUCUGCUCCAUCUUCUCAUCUUCAUUCGUGCAGUGGGAAGCCAUGACUUUUUUUUUGGAAGGUGUGAUCAACCAGAUGUUUCGAACUGUAGAUAGAGAAGAAAUUCCUGUUAAUGAUGGAAUAGAGUUGUUGCAGAUGGUCCUGAACUUUAACACCAAAGAUCCCCUCAUCCUGUCCUGUAUCCUUACUAAUGUCUCAGCGCUCUUUCCAUUUGUCACCUACAGAUCAGAGUUCUUGCCCCAGGUCUUCUCUAAG